AUGUUAACCAAAAUAUUAAAAUAUUAUUCGUCAUCUCUAGUAGUUUCUGUAAAACGUUCAGUAACUAUUCAAUCUAAUUCUCAUUUGAGUACUCAAAUGAAACUAUUAAAUGAUAAUAAACAAUUUAAAAAGGCACUUGUAUUAUUUGAUAAACAUACAAAAAAUAAUGCUGACAUAUUUUCAAGUUCCAUUAUUACACAAGCUUUAAAAGCAUGUACACAUCUACGAGAUCUUGAACGUGGAAAAACUAUUCAUGGUCAUCUUAUUUCGACACGUACAAAAAAUGAUUUAUAUACAACAACAUCAUUAAUCCAUCUCUAUAUGCAGUGCAAUGAUAUACAAUCCGCUCAAUUAUUAUUUGAUACAACAACAACAAAAAAUGUAACAAUAUAUGGAGCGAUGAUGAAAGGUUAUAUAAAAAAUAACCAAGCAAAGAAAGCAGUUGAUCUUUUUAAUCAAAUUGAAACUCCUAAUGAAAUUAUUAUAAAUCUACUUUUUAAUGCUUGUGCGCAAUUAGGAACUUUCGAAGCAUUAAAUUUAGUAAUAAAAAUUUCAAACGCAAUCCCAAAAUCAUUUCAUUCAAAUUCGAUUCUUAUGGCGUCUCUCUUAGAUGCAUUAAUGAAAUGUGAUGAUAUUGAACAUGCAGAAUCAUUGUUUGAUAAAAGAAAAAAUAAAACAAUACAAAUGUAUGGAGCAAUGAUGAAAGGUUACGUUCAAAAUAAUCAAGCAAAGAAAGCAAUUGAUCUUUUCAAUCAAAUUGUUAAACCUGAUGAAAUUAUUAUGAAUCUAUUUUUUAAUGCUUGUGCUCAAUUAGGAACUUUAGAAGCAUUAAAUUUAGUAAACAAAGUUUCAAAUGAAAUUCCAAAUUCAUUUCGUUCAAAUCAUCUUCUUAUUGCUUCUCUAUUAGAUGCAUUAAUGAAAUGUGGUGAUAUAAAACAAGCAGAAUCAUUGUUUGAUAAAACAACAAAUAAAACAAUAGAAAUGUAUGGAGCAAUGAUGAAUGGAUUUAAUCUGGGAAAUAACCCAUUUAAAACAUUGAAUUUAUUUAAUAAAAUGAAAGUUGAUAAUAUUAAAGGAAACAUAAUUAUUUUCCAUUGUGUUAUAAGAGCUUUAUCACAAAUCGCUGAUUAUAAAUUAUCUCAAUCGAUUAUUAAACAAAUUCCCAAUUAUUUCUUUGUUAAUAAUCAUAUUCAGUAUGCAUUAAUUGAUAUGUGGGGAAAAUCUGGUCAUAUGAAUCUUGCAAAAGAAGUUUUUGAAAAACUCCCACAACCAAAUCAAUCUGAAUACACAACCAUAAUUCAUUGUUAUGGUUUAAAUGGAAUGGGAACUCAAGCAAUUGAACUUUAUUAUAAAAUGCCAAAAGAAUUUCGGGAUGAAGGGAUAUAUAUUUCUGUUUUAAAUGCAUGUUCACAUUCAGGACUUGUUCAAGAAGCUCGUUCAAUCUUCCAAAGUAUUCAAAAGAAAACUGAGAAAAUUUAUAGCACUAUGAUUGAUUGUCUAAGUCGUGCAUCGCUAUUUGAAGAAGCACAAAAAUUAAUUGAUGAAUACGAUCAUGAUCAUUCACCAUCAAUAGUCAUGUAUACUGCAUUAUUAUCAGGAGCAAGAAACUUUAAGAAUACUGACUUAUCACAAAACCUAUACGAUCGUAUGGAAAAUUUCUUUCCUCAAAUGACAAGUUCAUUAACAUCAGCAGCAGUUCUUCUUGCUAAUACUUAUGCAUCAUCUGGUGAUAUUGACAAAGCAUCAAAUAUUAGAAAUAAAUUACACAAAUCAGGUCAAAAGAAACAAAUGGGUAUCACAUCGACUGUAGUCAAUAGAAUAUCCUACGAAUUUCGAGCUUAUGACCGCACCCAUCCUCGAUCUAAAGAAAUCUAUGCUGAAUGUCAAAAACUAUCUGCAGAACUUCUUCAACAUGGUCAUAAAUAUGACUCAAGUUGGAUCACACGACCUUUAAAUGAAGGUGAAACUAUCGAAUCGGUUCUUUCUACACAUAGUGAAAAACUUGCAAUUGCUUGGAAUUUCGUUGCAAAUCCUGGUGCAUCACGAAUUCAGCUGACAAAAAACCUUCGUAUUUGUGAAGAUUGUCAUCGAGCAACAAAAUUAAUUGCUGCAAUUCGUAAAUGUGAAAUAAUUGCUCGUGAUGCAAAUCGGAUCCAUCAUUUCACCACAGAUGGAAAAUGCUCCUGCAAUGAUUAUUUCUAA